GAACUGCGCAUGUUCAGUAGUUGCGGACUAUCCAGUCCAAUUAAGCUGAAAUGUCCUCUUAAUCUCUCCAAUAACUGUUCGUUUACAUUAGUAUAAAUAUGUCCAUCAUGCUCAAAAGUGCGUUGCUCGUCUGUUUCUUUAUACUACUUUUGAAUGAAGCAUCUGUGCAGGACAUAGUUCAGGGUUUUAUCAGAGAUUCUGCACUUUUGCCGUGCGAGUCCGGGCAACUAAAAGUCAACACUGCACACUGGAGAUAUAACGAUAGCAAAAAUGUUUACGACAUACUAAAUGGCCAAGGAACGACGAAGGAGCAGGACGCAGAGUACAAGGGCAGAACUGAAACGUUCCCUGCAGAGUAUUCAAAAGGAAACUUCUCCCUCAGGCUUGGGAAUCUUCAGAAAAGGGAUGAAGGGUCGUACUGCUGCUUCAUCCCAAAUGCUGAGUUUGAUCUCAACAAAUGCAUAAAUCUUCAAGUCAGAGAGAAACCAAGAGGAAUCCAAGAGAAGCCAGGCUCAAACAGUGGAGUUGAAACCACAGCAGAGAGGAUUGUAUCUCUGUUAUUUCCACUCUUCUCUGCUACUGUUCUGCUCUGUGUGUGAGUGGUGACUGCAUAUAGUUCAGCAGUGUGUGCUUUAAUUACAGUGAGUCUUGACGUGAGCAAUAUUACUAUUUUCUACUGUGUACUUACUGAACCA